AUGUAAGAUUCAAUUACUUUGAUACUCUAUAGAAACACACUUUCAUGGAGACUACUCCACGCAUUGAGAUUAAGGUGGGUAUGUUUGUAUUAACCAUCUAUAAAAAAUCUGCAGAUUCGAUUGUCAAAGAAAUGUUCUAUUUAAAUCCAAGGAGUUACUGAAGGAAAUUAAAUUUGGGGAAUGAUCAUCCAUUUGAAUAUGUUAUAGUGCAGAUUGCAACAAGGCUUCACUAAAAUGGUGCAAAAUUGGCCUUGGAAAGUAUCUAGCUAGGUAGUUAAACAGAAGGUUGAAGAUAAUUCAAUAUGUGUGUUAUUACCUCAUAAUUAUACGAUUCAUGAUACAGCAGAAUUCAAUGGUCAUUUUAAUUUAUAAUAGAAGAAAGAAGGAGGGAAAUCAUCAUCAUUUCCAAUUAAUCAUUUAAAUUUGUUACUACAAUCACAAAAGGAGGUUAUCUAACUUAAAUUGAAUAUAAGUGGAAUCUAAGAUAAUUUGCAUCAUUUACCGAAGUCAGUACCAAUAAGACCUAAUGUUGCUACAACUGAAUAAAUGAAUAAAAUUUAGAGAUAAAGUAAUCUCACCCUGAUCGAAGGAGAUGAGUUUCUGACUGCUGGUUGGUAGAGGAUCUAUAUAUGA